AAUCCAUAAACCUCAUCAUCAAGUACUUUCAAUUUGCAACUAGUCCACCUAUCAAAACAAGAGAGAAAAAAAAACACUAAGAAAUAUCAUCAUCAAAUUCUUGCAAUUCUCCAUAUCUAGAGAGCAAAGAAAAGAAAAAAAAAACAGAGAAAUAUAUUAAUUUUAGGCAAGCACAAAAAAAAAGUGACAAAAAAAAAUGGCAGAUAGUUCGGUAUCAUUUUUAUUGGACAAACUGUCUUGGUUACUUCAAGAAGAAGUGAACCUACAAAAAGGGGUCCGUGAAGAUGUUCAAUACAUCAAAGACGAACUCGAACGCCACAAAGCAAUCUUAAUGGUAGCUGAUUCAUUGGAACACAAAGAUCCUGAACUCAAAGUAUGGCUUAAAAGUGUAAGAAAUAUUGCUCAAGACAUGGAAGAUGCUAUAGAUGAAUACAAUCUUCGUCUUGUUGAUCAUCAUCAACAAGGUAAGAACAAUUCUUCUAUUCAUAAGCUUGCUUUUGGGUUCAAGACUAUGAAAGCUAGACACAGAAUAGCUACAGAUAUACAAGGAAUCAAAUCCAAAGUUGAAAAUAUCUCUCAUGGACGUCCAAACAUAUCUGGUGUAGGUUCAAGCUCAAGUCAAAGACGUUCAUCAAGGCUUGAUAGUCAAGGUGAUGCCCUUUUGCUAGAGGAAGCUGAUUUAGUUGGAAUUGAAGAACCAAAGAAGCAGCUUUGUGAUCUGCUUUUCAAAGAUGAAUCAAAUAGAGCUGUGAUUUCAAUCCAUGGUAUGGGAGGUUUAGGGAAGACAACAUUGGCAAAACAAGUCUAUGAAGAUCCAAAAGUAAAGAAAUAUUUCAGGAUUCAUGCUUGGGUUAAUCUCUCACAAUCUUUCAACAUGGAAGAGAUACUGAAAGACCUUGCACAACAACUCCAUAAUGUUAUUGGAAAACCAGCUCCAGAAUCAAUUGGAAUGAUGAAAAUUGACAAUCUGAAAGAGUUUAUCAAGAACUUUCUUCAGAGAAGUAAGAAAUAUCUAAUUGUGCUUGAUGAUGUGUGGCAUGUGAAUGUAUGGGAUGCUGUGAAGCUUGCUUUGCCUAAUAACAACUGCGGCAGUAGAGUGAUUCUUACCACGCGCAAGAAAGAUGUAGCUUUGUAUUCUUGUGCAGAAUUAGGUAAGGAUUUUCACCCUGAAUUCUUACCUAGGCAAGAAGCUUGGUCUCUUUUUUGUAGGAAGACAUUUCAAGGUAACUCAUGUCCUCCUCAUCUUGAAGAAGUUUGUAGGAAGAUCUUGAAAUUGUGUGGAGGGUUGCCAUUAGCAAUUGUGGCAAUCAGUGGUGCUUUGGCUACAAGAGAAAGAUCAAACAUAGAAGAGUGGAACAUGGUUUGCAGAAGUUUUGGUUCAGAAAUUGAAGGCAAUGACAUAUUGGAAGUUAUGAAAAAAGUACUUUCCUUAAGUUUCAAUGAAUUGCCUUACUAUCUUAAAUCAUGUUUGAUGUAUUUAACCGUCUUCCCGGAAUUUCACGCUAUCGAGCAUAUGAGAUUGAUUCGACUGUGGAUAGCUGAAGGGUUUGUGAAAGAUGAAGAUGGUAAGACACCGGAGGAAGUUGCAGAUAGUUACCUUAAGGAGCUUUUGAACAGAAGUUUAAUCCAAGUGGUAGAAAAAACAAGUGAUGGAAGGAUGAAUACAUGUCGAAUGCAUGGUCUUACGAGGGAAAUUGUUAAUUUGAAGUCAAGAGAUCAGAACUUUGCAACAAUAGCCAAAGAUAAAGACAUGGUAUGGCCGGAACGAGUUCGCCGUUUAUCGGUGAUAAAUUCAUCACAAAAUGUAUUUCAACAAAAUAAGACUACAUUUCAACUUAGGUCUCUGCUAAUGUUUGCAGUAUCAGACUCACCCAAUAAUUUUUCUAUCCAUGACGUAUGCACCUCCAGUGGUGCUAAGUUGCUCACUGUGUUAGACUUGCAAGAUGCACCUUUGGAGGCUUUUCCUGCUGAAAUUGUCAACCUUUACCUUCUGAAGUAUCUAAGUUUGAAGAAUACAAAGGUUAAAAACAUUCCAGGAUCCAUUAAAAAGUUGCAAUACUUGGAGACAUUAGAUCUUAAACACACUGGUGUCACUGAAUUGCCGGCUGAAAUUGCAGAGCUGAAACGAUUACGCCAUCUUCUGGUGUAUCGUUACGAUAUUGAAUCAUAUGCUCAUUUCCACUCAAGGCAUGGCUUCAAGGUGGCUGCGCCUAUAGGAAACAUGCUAUCUUUGCAAAAGCUUUGUUUCAUAGAGGUAGAUCAAGGAAGUGGAGCCUUGAUGGUUGAGUUAGGAAAACUUACUCAACUUAGGAGGCUAGGCAUUAGAAAAAUGAGGAAAGAAGAUGGUGCUGCUUUGUGUUCAUCGAUUGAGAAAAUGGUCAAUCUUACAUCACUAUCUAUAACUGCAAUAAAUGAAGAUGAGAUAAUUGAUAUUCACAGCAUUUCAAAGCCUCCUCAGUAUCUUCAGAAGUUAUACUUGAGCGGACGUUUAGAGAAGUUUCCACAAUGGAUCAAAUCUUGCAAGAAUUUAGUCAGAGUUUUCUUAAAAUGGAGCAGGUUAAAGGAGGAUCCUCUGGUGUACCUUCAAGAUUUGCCAAAUCUUCGACAUCUUGAGUUUCUUCAAGCUUAUGUUGGUGAGACAUUGCAAUUCAAUGCAAAAGGGUUUCCAAGUCUGAAGAUGUUAGGCCUUGAUGAUUUAAAAGGACUGAAAUACAUGAUAAUUGAGGAAGAAGCAAUGCAAGGUCUUAAAAAGUUGGUCAUUCAGCAAUGUGGCUCAUUCAAGAAUGUACCAUUAGGCAUUGAAUACUUAACUAAGCUAAAAGCAAUUGAGUUAUUUGAUAUGCCUAUAGAAUUGAUUAUGGCACUGCGUCCAAAUGGAGGCGAAGAUUAUUGGAGAGUACAGAAUAUUCCAACAAUUUAUUCUACUUAUUGGAGGGAUCAUGGUUGGGAUGUUUAUCCAAUAAAGACUUUUGGGGAGAUAGAGAGUGAUAUCGAUCAUAGUAUUGCAUUGAGGACUCUUCAGCUUCCUACUCUUUCGAAGGUUUAACUUUUUUUAUGUUGAUUUAUUUAUUGUUUUAAUAAACACUGCAUAUGUGACAGUGGUGUAAAUUGUUGUUAAAGUGUCAUGUUGCAUACUUUAAGGAUGGGAAUCGUUUAGUUUUCCGUUAUGUAAUAUGCAUAAGUGACAGUAUAUUUAUGUUAAGUCUCAACCAAAUAAAUCAGGGAGCAUAAUCUGUUUUCUGAACUCUUUGAGAUUACAGAAUAAAUAAUAAUGUAAUUUUAAUUUA